UUUAUUUAUUUUUUGUCUUCGACCACCGUAGGAGCGCUGGCAGUUUUGGUGCUGCUGAUCUACCGGGACCGUGUGUCGGACUGUGGUCUCCAAAGCAGCUCUCGCGCACUGCCUCCGCACUAAGCUACACAAUAGAAGCGAGAACAAUAGCCGCGCUGCAGGCGCCACCGCUCAGCGAGUCAAGGAGGGAUCCGAACGGCCGAGCUCGGGGCCGCCUCCCGGGAGAGACAGCGAGAGGAGAAGCCGCUGCAGUGAGGGAACCGAGGGGGAGGGAGCGCGAGAGAGGGGGAGGGAUAGAGGGGUGUGAAUGAGCACGACUCAACCAGCAGCUCUGCGCCCUUCAGCUCCUCGAUAUCGAUUUAUUAUCAGGUAAAUUCACCCCGAAGCGACACCCGGGGUGCAGGCGAGAAGUGGCCGGGACAGUGGAGCAUCGCAGCAUGGGCCGCAGGUGAAGCAGCCCGGCGGGGAAAUAACGAGGAAGCGGAGGGCUAGCUACGCUGAACCGAAGCUAACUGUGGCCAACGGAGAGCGUUUCUGAUGAGCGAGACGGGAGUAUGCGCCCUGGAUCACAGAGCUGACUCGUUGGGUGAUGUCGGGCAGUAAGGCGCUGGCCGGGGGGGCUCGGCGCAGGCGGACCCGCUGCCGGCGCUGCCAGGCCUGCAUGAGAAGCGAGUGUGGAGAGUGUCACUUCUGCAAAGACAUGAAGAAGUUCGGAGGACCUGGACGCAUGAAGCAGUCGUGUCUGCUGCGACAGUGCACUGCGCCGGUGCUGCCGCACACCGCUGUGUGUUUCGCGUGUGGGGAGGCUGGGAAGGAGGACACGGUGGACUCGGAGGAGGAGAAGUUCAGCUGGUCCUUGAUGGAAUGUACCAUCUGCAACGAGAUCAUCCACCCGAGCUGCCUGAAGAUGAACCGGACUGAUGGGAUCAUCAACGAAGAGAUUCCAAACUGCUGGGAAUGUCCAAAGUGCCACAAGGAAGGGAAAACCAGUAAGGACCCUGUGGAUGGAUUUGGCAAACGACGGCCGGAUAAUGGGGAGGUUGGCCGCUGGAAGCUAACGGACGACCCACCUCCAAAAAAGAAGGCCCCACCCUCAGAAGAAGGGGGUAGGUCUGAUGGGGGCCACAAGAGGAAGAAGGAGAAGGAAGGCCCUGCUGAUAUCGGCACCACCAAGAAGAAGAUGAAGGCAGCCCACGAGAAACGCCCUAAAAAGAAGCCCAAGCAAGAGGAGUCCAAUGGUCCAGUGCCCAUGGCAGGAGCGGGAGCGACCCCUAGCUCUGCAUCACAGAGCGCCGGAGGUGCAACCAGCAUGGACCAGCGCUCUCACCACAGAGAGAAGCUCGAGAGGUUCAAGAGGAUGUGCAUGCUGGAGCGGCGGCCCGAGUCCUCGUCCUCAUCAUCCUCUAGCUCCGAGUCGGAUUCUGAGUCUGACUCUGAAGAGUCCCUACAAGAGGGCGGCUCCUCCCCAUCCUCACCUGCUCUUCCUCCACCUGUCGACUACGGGACCAGCAGUGGGGUGCGUGGCGAGAAGAGCCACAGCGAGCUGGAGCGCGAACGAGAGCGUGAUCGCAGACUCGCAGAACUCGGCUUCAGUGCCAGCGAGGAGUCUGAGGGCGAGGGAGGCGGUGAGGAAGAGGAGGAGGAGGAGCCUGACAAAAUGCGUCGGCGAAUGGACCUUGGGCCGCUGCGCGGCAGGAAGGGACCUAUGUUGGACAGAGACGAGGACAUCACUCCCCACACAGACAGGAACAGGAAACAUUCCCUCCCACCACACCCUCCCCUCUCCUCCAAUCAAAUGCCGCCUCCGUCACAGCAGGAUGACUCAAUGGGGAAACGUAGCAACGGUCAGGAGGCGCGUAACGGACGGACUCGUGGCGGGGUAGGAGGAGGUGGGUCAAGAGAAGGAGGGGAGAAGGAGAACAGUGGCACUGUUCUGACAAAUCACAGGCACGGGGUAGUGGGCGGGAUCAAAGGCAGCCGUGGCAACAAGGUGCGAAGCAACACCAAGAGUCAGACAUCCGUCUCCAGACCCAGCUCCUCGCUCCCAUCCUCGAAUGGGGGAGCUGAGGGAGGGGGGAGCGGCUCGUUGAUGUCCGCCAUGGCGGCGUCGCCCUGCUCGCAGCCGUCCCGCCUUACGCCGCGCUCACAGAUGAUGAAGCGAAGUCCCCCAGCUGUGCCAUCUCCACCGCGACCCGUCCAGAUGGAGCGCCACUUGGUGAGACCGCCGCCCACCUGUCCGGAGCCCAGCUGCCUCCCACUGGACUCCGGUUCUGCCCAUGUCAUGUCCCGGGACACUUGGCUGAGGGUGUUCCAGUACUUGAGCCAGAAGGAGCUCUGUGUGUGCAUGAGGGUGUGUCGCACCUGGAGCCGCUGGUGUUGUGACAAACGUCUGUGGACUCGGAUCGAUCUGAGCCGCCAGCGCUCGAUCACCCCACCAAUGCUGAGCGGCAUCAUUCGGCGGCAGCCGGUGUCCCUGAACCUUGGAUACACAAACAUCUCCAAGAAGCAGCUGAUGUGGCUCAUUAACCGUUUGCAGGGUCUGGAGGAGCUGGUGGUGGCGGGCUGCGGCUGGUCGGUGGUCUCGGGUCUGUGUCAGGUGGUCUGUCCCUGUCUGAAGCUGCUGGACUUGAGUCGCGUGGAGGAGCUGAAGGACUCUCACCUGAGGGAGCUGCUGGCGCCUCCUGCUGAUGGGCGGACAGCUGCCCAAGGAGAGACUCGGGUUGGACGCUUCCACAACGUCAGCGAGCUGCGCCUGGCAGGGCUGGAACUGACGGACGCAUCCUCUCGCCUCCUGGUCCGCUUCGUCCCCCAGCUGCUCAAGCUGGACCUCAGCCAGUGUGUCCUGUUGACCGACCAGGCCGUCCUCACCAUCACCUCCCCCUUGUCUCCCCUGAGAGAGAGUCUCACCCACCUGAACCUAGCAGGGUGUGUGAAGGUGACGGAGCAGAGCGUCCCACUGCUCCGGCGCUGCUCCUCCCUGCAAACGGUUGACCUGCGUUCCUGCUCCCUGCUCUCCUCUGACAACAGCGGGUUGCUCUCCUUCCCCGCCUCCUCCUGCGCCUCCUCCACAGCUGCUGCUCCAUGUCCUCCUGAAGACAGACCGCUGCUCAAGAACAGUUAACUCCUUGCUGCAGUACUAAGACAGCAUCCCUCUUCCUUUGUCCCCUCAAUCACCACGCCGGCGUGCAACUGUUUGUCUGAUCAUGUGGCCCCGGAGGUCAGAGUUCAAAUGUGAUGGGCUAUGCUAAUGUUUGUCCCCUUUCCAGGCUAGUUUAUCAUCAUGUGACCUCAACAUAUCUGUAAAUAACGUAAAAAUGUUCGUCCAACACUGGAACCAUCACCAAGGUCUGCGCCUCUUCAGCAGCUCCACCCCCAUCGCAGCUCCUUCUUUCCCCUCCACUUCUUCUUCAUCUCGACUCCUCCUUCUCCACCUCUGGGUGUAUGAAGGUGAAAGAGGAGAGUGGUUGCGUGAGCCUCGGUUGUCUCAGGUUCGCCUUUUUUUUCACUCAUCCUCCUUUUGCAUGACAUCAUCACGGGUGCUGGUGUGGCGCAGGAAUCAGCUGCUCUGAAUGUGACGUGACUUUUGUUUCUGUGAAAUCAGAAGUUCUGAAUGGGUCGAGACAUAGGUGGUCAUCGCACGCCCCAAUGUUGUGGACUAGAACCACUUGGGCCUCUGACAUCACUUCCUCUGGAGGGCGGGAACACUAAUUAGCUUGACGGAGCUAAUAUGACUGUAAAAGAUGAAGAGACUCUUGAUGUGAGCUACCCACAGGAAAUGAUGUCACAGAUGAUUGUUGCUUUGGGGUGCAACUUUUAUUUUUUUACUAUUGGAUGAUCAUACUUUGCUGUGAUGCUGAGCCCCGCCCCUUUAUCUCACUGCCUCAAUGAUAGCCGGCGACGCUCGAGGGCCGAGAGUCUGGUUGGAGGAAAAAGUCUGAGUUAUGUGACGUGUUACUGAUGUUUUCCAGAUGCACUGAAUCCGAGUCAUCCUCCUCAUUCGCCAAAUCUAGUGUUGUUGUUUACCGGGUGUUUUCCUGUAUUUGACUUUUUGUUUACAUGUUUGUCUUCAGUUCUUCCAUUGUGUUGAUGAAAUUAAAAGGAAGUUCGGAGCAGAGACGUUCAGGCAGCUACGUACGAGUGAACACUGUUACAUACUGACUAAUAAACAAACAUUUUUUA